GGGAAUCAAAAGAGCGACGGAACAACCCUGAAACUGUUUCCGCUAAUAACAAAGCUGCUAGGCCGAAUGAACCUGAAGUGUAUUUUUUGUUCUUAUCUUUAGCAAGCAUCUGAAAACCGACCACAUGAUAGUGGAUUACUUAGAAAACCCACACAUACGUAUUUUACAGUUGACGUAAAGGGUAACUCAUUGUGCUGCUUGUCGCUAUAAAACAGUUCGCCUGGUGUUAGCUUGCAGGCUAACGCUGCGGUUGGUUUAGCACAUCGGGUGACAUUAGCUUGUUGUUAGCAGUUAUAAACAUGUCCUGAGACUGGCUGUCACCCAGGUCGAAAGUUAUAACAAUUUAUAGAAACAUCUGAUUUCCAGACCAGACAGCGUUUUGACCAGAUUAACACACUGUAGUUCUCCAAAAUGAAGAUGUUUUCAGUGGCACACAAGACCGUCUUCGUGGUGGACCACUGUCCCUACAUGUCCGAGUCCAGUCGUCAGCAGGUGGAGUGUGACGUGCUAACCAAGAGCCGAGCUCAAGGGGUUAUUCCUCUGGCCCCCGUCUCCAAGUCCCUGUGGACCUGUGCCCUGGAGUGCUCUAUGGAGUACUGCCGGAUCCUCUUCGACGUUUACCCAAAGGACAAGCUGGUGAAUUACAUCGUGAGUGAUUCAGAGUUCCACAUAUUAAACAGCUGGAGGCGGGAAGAUCAGAGCACUCAUGAACUAAUGUCAGCUCUGGCAGCUGUCGGGCCACCAAAUCCACGCGAGGACCCGGAGUGUUGCAGCAUUUUGCACGGCCUGGUCGCUGCCGUGGAGGCUUUGUGCAAGAUCACAGAGCUGCAGCAUGAAAAGCGCACCGCUUUAAUGGACACAGCCGAGAGAGUGGCCAACCGAGGUCGAAUUAUCUGCUUAACCAAUGCUAAAAGCGAUACUCAUGUGCGGAUGUUGGAGGACUGCAUCCAGGAAACAAUUUCAGAACAAAACAAACUGGCAGCAGGCUCCGACAGGUUGAUGGCCAUCCAGCAGUGUGAGCUGGUUCUAAUUCACAUCUACCCACAGGGCGAGGACACGUUGGUGUCUGACCGGCCCAAAAAAGAGAUCUCCUCGCUGCUCUCCAGUGAAGUUCACAGUGUGCGUGCUGGGAGACACCUGGCUUCUAAACUCAACAUUUUGGUCCAGCAGCACUUUGACUUGGCCUCUACCACCAUAACAAACAUCCCAAUGAAGGAAGAGCAGCAUGCCAACACAUCUGCAAAUUAUGACGUCGAGCUGCUGCAUCACAAAGACGCUCACAUGGAGUUCUUUAAAAGCGGGGACUUGCAUAUGGCAGGCACGAGCACUCGGGAAAACGGAGUUAAAGAAACGAUGACGCUGAAAUGGUGCACACCACGGACAAACAGCAUUGAACUGCAUUACUGCACAGGAGCCUACCGCAUCUCCCCAACGGACGUAAACAGUCGUCCCUCAUCAUGCCUGACAAACUUUCUUCUUAACGGGAGAUCAGUGUUACUGGAGCAGCCAAGAAAGUCUGGGUCUAAGGUCAUCAGCCACAUGCUCAGCAGCCAUGGAGGCGAGAUCUUCCUGCAUGUUCUCAACAGCAACCGCUCCACCUUAGAGGACCCACCCUCCAUCAGCGAGGGCUGCGGAGGGCGAGUGACGGACUACAGAAUCACUGAUUUUGGUGAAUUUAUGAGGGACAACCGGCUCACUCCUGUUGCAGAAUCUUCUUUCGAUCCUUCGGGGAAACUGCCAGUUGAAAGGGCCAAAGCUCAACUGGAACGUUACACCAGAUACUGGCCAAUGAUCAUCUCCCAGACCACUAUCUUCAACAUGCAAGCAGUGGUCCCUCUGGCUAACUUGAUAGUGAAAGAGGUUCUCACUGAGGAGGACGUUCUAACCUGCCAGAAAACCAUCUACAACCUGGUCGACAUGGAGAGGAAAAAUGACCCGCUUCCAAUUUCUACUGUCGGAUCCAGAGGCAAAGGCCCCAAGAGGGAUGAGCAGUACCGGAUCAUGUGGAACGAGCUGGAGACGCUGGUGAAGACUCACGCCGGCGCCACAGACAGACACCAGCGAGUGCUGGACUGCAUCGUCGCCUGCCGCAGCAAACCCCCCGAGGAGGAGGAGAGGAAGAAGAGAGGGAGGAAGAGGGAAGAGAGAGAGGACAGGACAGAGAAAAACAGCAGCAAAGAGACGGAAGAUAAAAACUGGCAGGAAUCUGAGAGAUUAAAGGGUUUGCUGGAGAAAGACGAUCAGGAAUCCGAAGUUAUCAAAGAUUCCCCAGACUCACCAGAGCCACUCAACAAGAAGCCUCGCCUGAUUCCAGAGGACGUUCAGCCUCCAGAGAGAGCAAAAGGUCCUGCCACGCUCCUCAGCAUGUGGACCAAUCGCAUCACUGUGGCCAAUUCUAGGAAGCAUCAGGAGUUUUUUGGUAGAGCGAGUUCAGUGAACAGCAAGUUUGAGCUAUACCAGCAACUUAAAGAGGAGAAUGGGAUGGAUGCUCACGAAAAUGGAAAAGCUACCAGAUGAUCUUCCAACUGAUCAGUUACAUUAGUGUCUCUGACAGUGACAUUCUCUAAUGUAGACAUUAACUGAAUUGGAUAGCGAAUUGUAACAGGAAAUGUCUAAUUUUUUUUACCCAUCAUUUUGUAGAUAUCUUUACAUAUUAUAUUAAUAAAAGCUGUCUGUAGAAAACA